CUGCCAGCCACUCCUGGGCUGUUAGCUGAGCUGCUAUAUAAAAAGACCCCCGCACAGCACAAGAGGAGACACACAGCUCUGCAGGACAACUGGAAGCACACACAGCUUUGGUAUUUUGGCAUAUAGGACCAUAGAAGCACAGGAGAAGACACUCCAUGGUAAGAUGAGACCUGGCUUACUGAUUUGCCUGCUGCUCUUAGAGGUGGCCUAUGUGUCUGGACAAGGACCCCGGAAAGGAGAUGCUGUGUUAAAUCAUUCUGCAAGGAGAAUUCGCACCGGAAAAAAGAUCACCACUGCUCCAGUAAAGAUCAAAGUUGACGAGUUUCAGCAGUGGACAACCUGGUUCAACAUUGAUCACCCAGGUGGCAAUGGAGAUUAUGAGCGUCUGGAUGCUAUUAGGUUCUACUAUCCUAAUAGAGUUUGUCCUAAGCCUCUCCGUAUGGAAGCACGAACAACAGAGUGGGUGGCAGCAGGAAAGACUGGAGAAGUGGUGCAUUACAGCCUGACAAAGGGAUUCUGGUGUAUCAAUACGGAACAGCCGGAGGGCAAAAAUUGUUCAAAUUAUUCGGUUCGUUUCUUGUGUCCCGUUGUUUUACAACCCCCUGUUCCAAAAGAGCCAUGGUCAGAAUGGUCACCAUGGAGUGUGUGCUCAGCAAGAUGUGGAAGCAAUGGCAUGCAGAUUCGGAGGAGGACCUGUUUGGCAGAGGAUCAGUGGCAAGACCAUUGUAAUGGACCCACAGAGGAGGGACGCAGGUGUACUGGUGCCACAUGUGCAGGGUGUAAUCUCAGCUGUCCUAUGGGCAAAGCAAGUGCAGACUGCAGUGUAUGUGAAUGCAAGAACCAAAUACUGUAUGGCACAGUCAAACUUCCAGAUGGAGCCCCCGCUGCUGGUGUAAAUGUGUACGUCAUCUCUAGAAAACCCAAAGUAAAAGCUGUAUCUGAUGCCCAAGGGCACUUCCGUGUGGUGGGAUUGUGUCCUAACAGCACAUUGCAGUUAAAAUUGGAAAAAUACUCUGUGGUCAAUGUAAAAAUUCCCAAAAGCAAUGGAUCAUCUUCCUCUAUAAAUAUUAGCAUGACGAGGAAAGAAAAGCCUUACAUAGUAGAAAGUCCUGAAACCAAGGUGAGAAGAGUUGGGCAAAGUGUGACAUUCUGCUGCAAAGCUGAAGGAGAACCAGCCGUAGAGCAAUACCUGUGGUACCAUAAUGGAACACUUUUGGACCAAAAUAUACAUAAAUCCAGCAACCAGCUGACCCUUCGCAAGCUCAAGGCAAGGCAAGCUGGAGAGUACUAUUGCAAGGCUAAAAACGAUGGAGGAUUUAUAAAAUCCAACCCCGCCAAGCUCACUCUUAUUGGUCAGGAAGAACGUGCUUGCAAUCCAAAUCCAGAGGAAUAUCUUAUCCAACUUCCUCAUGACUGUUUUCAAAAGGCCACUAAUUCACUCUACUACAAUGUGGGGAAAUGUCCAUCCACGUCCUGCCCUGGGGAUCUGGACAAUGGACUGAGGUGCAAGGACACUGUGCCGUACUGCUGUGGAAUUACUAAGACAGAAGUGAAAGAAGUUUCCUGUCAGGGAUAUAUUCUCCCAGUUAAAGUUGCUGUGCAAUGUGGUUGCUUAAAAUGUACAGACACCAAAAUAAUUGUGCGUGGGAGAGCAGUGGCAGCUGAUACUGGUGAACCAAUGCGAUUUGGACACAUAUACAUGGGAAAUAACAGGGUUAGCAUGACAGGUUAUAAAGGCACCUUUUCAAUUCAGGUUCCUGCAGAAACAGAGAGGUUGGUUCUUACUUUUGUUGACCGGCUCAACAAAUUUGUUAAUACCACAAAAGUUCUCCCAUUUAAUAAAAAGGGAGGUGCUGUAUUUCAUGAGAUCCUUCUUCUGAGAAAAAAAGCCCCAGUAACAUUGGACUCUAUGAAGACAAACCAGAUAUCAUUAGGAGAUGUAGAAGAUAGUGACCCUAUUGCUGAAUUGGAGAUUCCACCAAAUUCUUUCUACCGACAAAAUGGAGAGCUUUACAGUGGAAAUGUAAAGGCAAGUGUCACAUUUCUAGAUCCAAGAAACAUAUCAACAGCCAGAGCUGCACAAAGUGACUUAAACUUUGUCAACGAGGAAGGGGAUACCAUGCCACUACGCUCAUAUGGAAUGUUUUCAGUAGAUUUUACUGAUGAAAAAGGCACCGAAUCCUUGAAUGCCGGAGCAGUUAAAGUAUUCCUUGACUCUUCUCAAGUCAAAAUGUCAGAGCACCUUGAAAGUAUGAAAUUGUGGUCUCUAAAUCCAGAAACUGGACUUUGGGAAGAAGAAGGAGACUUUCAGCAAUCAAGAGUUAGACGAGGUAAAAGAGAGGAGAGGACCUUUCUAGUAGGGAACAUGGAAAUUAGGGAGAGAAGAUUGUUUAACCUGGAUGUUCCUGAAAGUCGAAGAUGUUAUGUGAAAGUUCGUGCAUAUAGAAGUGAAAGGUUUUUGCCAAGUGAACAAAUAGAAGGUGUUGUUGUGAAUUUAAUCAACAUGGAACCUGUUUCAGGAUUUUCAUCCAAUCCUCGAGCUUGGGGGCGUUUUGACAGUGCUAUAACUGGUCCAAAUGGGGCAUGUUUACCUGCAUUUUGUGAUGACAAAUCCCCAGAUGCUUACAGUGCAUUUGUAACGGCCACCUUAGGAGGAGAAGAACUAGAAGCAGUGGAAUCUUCUCCAAAGUUUAACCCAAAUAUAAUUGGUGUUCCACAGCCCUACCUAGAUAAAUUGAAUUACAGAAGAACAGAUCACGAUGAUUCCAAAGUCAAGAAGACAGCUUUCAGCAUCAGUGUGGCCAAACCAACACCAAAUGUGGCAGAGGAGAGUAAUGGUCCUGUUUAUGCAUAUGACAAGCUUUUAGAGUGUGAAGAAGCCCCCUAUAGUGCUGCACAUUUUAGAUUUUACAGAGUAGAAGGUGACAUAUAUGACUUUAACACUGUAUCUUUCAAUGAAGAUGACCCAAUGAGCUGGACGGCAGACUACUUGGCCUGGUGGCCAAAGCCAAUGGAAUACAGGGCAUGUUAUAUGAAAGUUAAAAUUCUUGGGCCUCAGGAAAUUAUUGUAAGGUCUCGAAAUAUGGGUGGAACACAUCCACAAACGGUUGGCCAGCUGUAUGGAAUUCGAGAUGUACGGAGUACCAGAGACCUGGAAGAACCCAAUGUUUCUACAGCAUGUGUGGAAUUCAAAUGUAGUGGUAUGUUGUAUGAUCAAGACAGGGUAGAUCGUACACUUGUGAAGAUUGUUCCUCAAGGAAGCUGUCGGAGGGAUGCCACAAACAGCAUGCUACAUGAAUAUCUUGUCAAUCAUCUUCCAAUGGCAGUUAACAAUGACACUAGUGAAUAUACCAUGCUUGCUCCUCUUGACCCACUUGGACAUAAUUAUGGCAUUUAUACAGUUACUGAUCAAGAUCCAAGAACGGCCAAGGAGAUAGCCCUUGGUAGAUGCUUUGAUGGCUCAUCUGAUGGGACUUCUAGGGUGAUGAAGAGUGAUGUAGGAGUAGCCCUUACUUUUAACUGCUUAGUUAAGGAUGUCGGGCAACAAAGUGUCUUUCGUGGGAAUGGACUAGCAGCUUCAAGUGCAGCUAGACAGGGAGGCAGAAUUGGGAGGCAACAAAGAGCAAGUAGUAGAAACAGAUCGAUUAGCAGUAUAACAUCUCUUUUAACAACAAGACAACGUAGCUCAGAACAGUGAGAAUCUUUUAAAAAUUCCAUUCUCCAGAUUUUUAUGUAAUUUUUAAAUCAAUUGCCCAGGAGAGGUGUACAGAAUUAUAGCUGAAUGUAUCUACAUAUCAAUAUUUCAAUCUUCUUUUAUUGAAAGCAGAAUAAUGAGAAAUAACCUAAAUAAAUUACAGACAACAUCUUAGGUGCGAAAACAGACAAACUUAUUACAAAUCUGUUAACUUUUACAGAAUCAUUUUAGGAAACAUUUCUUCUUUUCUCCUCUGUCGUUCAGUAUGCUGAGUUUUGAAUAAUUAUUAGUGGUACACAUGCUUUUACCUACUUACAUGCUUAAUACAUCUGAGUUAUGUAUCAGACUUAAUGGCUUCCUUCCUACUGUCAUCUUUUGAUUUGUACCUUUCAGCAGCCAAAAACUACCCUUCCUCAUGGGAACUGGUUAAAAACGAUAUCAUGUAUUUUCCACCACUGGACAGUAACAAAGCAAUAAUAUAUUUCCAGAUGUGAGUCCCACUAAUGAUGUAAUGUGGAAACCAGAACUAGAAUGCGACCAAUCUCUUACACAUUAAAAAAACAUGAUAUUUUACCAGAAUCUAGUGUAAGAAUCAAAAUCCCUCCAUUCUGUUAAAGACAAAAAGUGUACUAAAGACUGUAUGUUCAGGUUUUAAAACCAAAAGGAUAAAAUAAGAAUGUCAUAAAGACAAUAUCUUACAAUGUACAUAAAGAGUUGACGAACAUAUUAAGUUCAUUUUCCCGACAAAAAAAUUUCAAAAACUUUUUCCACUCAUUGAGUCCUUUUGUGGAGCUGACAUGUAUAUACCUAAUAAAACAAAAAUGUUUUCUAUUUUCUACUUGAAAUAAGGUGAAUUUGAGUCAAACUAAAUUUAUAAUACAAGGAAUUAGUCCUGGCCUCAACGUCAGCAGUGAGGUGGCUAUUGCCAAUACUAUUUAGUAGAAAAUAUGGUUUUAAUCAAUGUUCAGUCAUAAUGUGCUGUCUAUCUGUUAAGUUGUGCAUAUUGGUUGCUUCCUUUCUUGAAUUGGUUAUUCCCUGAGGAAGAUUAUUCACAUUAAACUGUAAUACUGUACUUGAAAAUGUAAAUAACUUUUUAUUUAUUUUCUCUUUUUAUUUUUUCUUAUGAUUGUAACUAAACCUGA